GGCUAAUAACACACGGCUUGCGGCCGGCGUAGGACGUGCGACACGCCAUUUUUUCCCCGAAACUUUUUUAAAAACAAACGUUUGUUAACGUGAUCUGUGUCUUUUGGAUAGUGACCAGUGAUGGAUGAUUGAAUUUUAUGUGAAGUUAAUUGACAAUAAUUAGUGUGUGUGUUGUGUUAAUUGCGAAUGGAUUGCUAGCGCUGCAUUUAGUUAGUGAUAUAAUUAAUUACAAUUACAAUGACAUCAAAGAAACGGUACCGCGCUGCGAGAUAGUGAAGAAAUGACGCAGAAAACAGGGAAAGGGGUGGAGAUGACUUGAUUGUGCGAGUGUUUUAAAUGAUGAUAGGACUUUAUAAUGCCUGAUCGGGAAGUGCCUGGAAGCGGUUUCUUGCCUCUGCAGUUUCCUUCGGCUUUCGCUGCGUUCCACGCGACAGCUGCGCAGGCGCCGCCGGGCACCAUGCACCACGCGACGCAUUACCAUCAUCAUGCUCAGUUAGCAGCAGCAGCGGCGGCGGCAGCAGGCGCUACCAGUGAGCUGAGUUAUCUCGCAGCACUUCACCCGGCCUACAGGCCAGUACCGUACGACCAUCCAUUGUAUGGCGCUAACACAUUACGAGGUCUCGAGUACUUGAGUGCUGCUAGGAGUCUUCAUCCAGAACUACACGCGGGUAGUACACUUGCGAGUCAAGACUUUCAAUUGGGUUUAGAAGGUUCUAGAUUAGCAUCACCAAAUCGUCUGCGUCUCUCUGGCGGAGCGAUAAGUGCAUCAGCUAAUAGAAAACGAGCUGUUUCCUGGAGCCCCUACUCUGCGGAGUCAUUGGAUCUGGCUGCCGUCAUCAGGGCGUCUCCGGCUAGCUUAGCUGUGCGGGCACCUUCUGCUGCCUCUACGGGGAGUUAUGGGCACCUUAGUGCUGGUGCAAUAUCACCGGCUCUAUCACUCUCCCACGCAUCGCUAGCGCAACAAAUUCUGGCUCGCGGAGGUAGUGGGGUGCUGCCUGCUGGUGUGCUGUUGGACCCCGCACAUCAGCAGGCGGCGGCUGCCGCUGCGCAUCAUGCUGCUCAUGCGCACCUCGUUGCUGGUAUCCAUAGAUCUCACAUAUCGUCACCAACCCAGUUACUGAUAGGCGCUCCAGUGGAUGUCGGGCAAGGUUUGAGGUUAGAUGGAACACCACCACAGCACAUGCAGCAACCUCCACAACCACAGGAAAUCACCAGUGUUAUGGAAGCUGAUAGUUCACAUUUCCAUUACAGUGCCUCAACAGCGAUGAACCAACGCAAGUCACCCCAAAGUCUAAUGUCCCGAGAUAUGCAUUGUAAACCUCUCUCAGCCGCUGCAGAGAGCACGGUGCACGAUGGCAUCGACUGUAAAGAUGAGCCAGGGGACUUCAUUGAGACGAAUUGCCACUGGGUGGAUUGUAAACUAGAGUUCCCGACACAAGAUGACCUCGUGAAACACAUAAACACAGACCACAUUCAUGCGAGCAAAAAGGCAUUCGUGUGCCGAUGGGUUGGCUGUUCGAGAGACGAAAAGCCGUUCAAAGCUCAAUAUAUGCUGGUGGUGCAUAUGCGAAGGCAUACGGGUGAAAAACCGCAUAAAUGCACGUUCGAAGGAUGUUGUAAAGCGUACUCCCGUUUGGAAAAUCUAAAAACUCACCUCAGGAGUCACACAGGCGAAAAGCCGUACACCUGCGAAUAUCCCGGGUGUGCGAAAGCAUUUUCAAAUGCUAGCGAUAGGGCUAAACAUCAGAACAGAACACAUAGCAACGAGAAACCAUAUGUAUGCAAGGCCCCAGGCUGUACCAAGAGAUACACGGACCCAUCCUCUCUUCGGAAACAUGUUAAGACAGUUCAUGGAGCAGAAUUUUACGCCAGUAAGAAACAUAAAGGAUGCAGUCGUGGUGAUGAUUCAGCAGAAUCCGGUGGUGGAGGAGCUGGGUCCUCACCGCGUUCGGAGGAAGGUGGAGUACCCAUUGGUAUACGAGGUCAUACUUCGUCAGCCUCUGUCAAGAGUGAGAGCCCCGCAUCACCUCUACCUCAUGGAAUGCAUAAUGGUCAUCAGUUGUCUGCUCAAUGUGGUGGGGACUUGGACUACGGUGGUUCUGGUCUGGGUGGUUUUAGCGAUGAACAUGGUGUCCCCUACUUCAGGAUAGAUGGAGAGGUUGAACAAGAGGUAGUAGGUGAAGUUGGUCAACUUCCGCUAAUGUUACGAGCCAUGGUGGCAAUCGGAGAACCGAGAGCUCAACACCACGCUCCUCGACUGGGCCACAAGAUGGGUCUUGGAAGACUGAUGCCAUUACAUGCUCCAGAUAUUGGAGGUGGACCUAUGCCCGGAAGAACAGAAAUUGGGGGCACCAAUGUGGCUGUUGAAUUAAAGACGGGUCCUCCAAACGCGAGACGAGACUCCGGCAUUUCUUCUGGAAGCAGCCUGUACAGUGCCAGAUCGUCUGACAUAUCCCGCAAGAGCAGCCAGGCGUCUGUGGUGGGCGGUGUGACGUCUCACGUGACCCAGCGGUUACUGUCGCAACCAGCUGUUUAUGACCAGUUAUCACCGGACAGUAGUCGAAGAUCUAGUCAGGUGUCGUGUGUGGGCUACGCUCCACCUCCAUCAUCAGCCCUUGCUGCUGUCCAGGCUGUCAGAACUUCUCAAGGCAAUCAGGCCGUACUGUUACGAGGAGUGACCUGCACAGAAGUAAGAGCUGAAGAACUGUCACUUGAGCUGGAUCCUAACAUUCAGGUCAAGGAGGAAGCCAGGAGAUUGUCAGAGCAAUCGAAUCUGAGUGACCAGCAGUAUCAGCCAUAUCCUUGCAAUACUGAUGCCGACCCGAAUUUCCAAUUCAAGACCGAAGAUGACCACGAUGCCAACACGUACAAGGAAUCACGGUCAAAUUCAACCGCUACAGUCGUUAUAACUACUGCACAGGUUCACCAUCCAAACCAAGAAGUCAACUUGGAACAGGUCGCAGAAGGAGAAAUGGUGGAGAAUAAGCUGGUGAUACCAGAUGAAAUGAUGCAAUAUCUUAACCAAUCCAUAUUGGGCACCGACACGGUUAAGCCAGCCACCGACUCCACCAAACAAGAACCAGACACAGAAACCGAUAAAAAAGUAACCAAAGAGAAUAUAACUAGUGAAGUUCCAAACACAAACAAUUCCAGUGACAAAAUUAGUGACGUUGCAACUAGUGACGAUUCUCUCCUCAAAAAUCUAGGUGCCAUAGGUAGUGAUCUCAAUAUAAGUGAUAUUCAAGUCGAUUUAAGGUCAUUAGAUGUUAGUAUGUCCGGCAAUAGUGGCUCUCUCUUAGCGAAGUCGCCCGACGAUAAGAAUCCUCCUCUACAAGAACAAGUUAUUCCAGAAGUCCCGAACGAGAAUUGCGAGAAAGAGUUUAAUAGAGUGCCCGUAAAUCAGACAGCAACAAGUAAUCCUCUACAAUCGUUGCAAUCGAUGACAGCGAAUCAAACUGAACAAUCUAAUAGGAUGAGGUUAAAUAACCCAGUGCCACAAAAACAAAAUACAAAUAUCAAAACGAAUUUACAAACCACUAUGACCAUGCCACAUGGAAUGCUAAGCCCACAAAGCUUACCGCACAGCGCCAUGAGCCCUCAAAGUGUAAUGAGCCCCCACAAUAUGACAAACCUCAUGAGUCCCCCCAGUGUUUACAAUGUGAUGAGUCCCCAAAGCGUGAUGAGUGUCAUGUCACCACAACACAACGCCAUGAGCCCUCAGUCCAUGCAGAGUCUACUGAGUCCCCGGCAUAACAAUAUCGGAAGCCCCAUGUCACAGAACCUUAACAGCCCAAUGAUGAACAUGGCCAGCCCUAUGCCUCAAAACAUUGCAAGCCCAAUGAGUCACGGUAUGCCCAGCCCCAUGCAUCCAGGUCUACAAAGUCCUAUAACCAGUCCCAUGAUUCAGAACAUGACAAAUAUGACAAUGAACAUGCCGUCACCUCAAAACCAGAACCAAAACAUUAUGAUGAUGAACGGCAACAUGGCUGCUUCCCAAAUGGCUAAUUCUCAAAUGGCUGCUCCUCAUAUGGCGCAAUAUAACAGCAGACAAAACUGUAAAAUGCCAAAUAAGAAUUUUAACGUCCCUAAACAAUACCCGAACCAAAGCUACAACCAGCAUCCAAUGCAAAACCAAUCCAUGCCUCAGCAGAAUAUGGCUCAAUAUCCAGUAAUGCAGCAAUUCAAUCAAAACAUGCAGAUGCAGGGCCCACAGCCCCAAAUGCCCUAUAUGGCAAAUUAUCCCCAGAACUACAUGAACCAAAGCGGUCAAAUGCAUCCCAUGCAAAUGUCCCGAUCUUCAGUUAUGAGUGUCGAUAACAGUGGUAAUAUACCUCGUGGAACCAUUAACAGUUACUAUGAAAACCAAUGCCCCCAAAACCUGCAACAUACACAAAACGUACAGUACCCUCAACCUCCUUAUAAUACAGCACCAAACCUCAUGGGACCUCCACCACCUAAAAACAACCAGUUUAACAACCAAUAUUACAACCGGCAAUUGAACCAGUGGGAAUACGCUAACCAGUACAAUAAAAUGAAAUCGGCACAGAACUCCGUGAACAUGUCAACGGGUAGUCAGAAACCUGUAAACGGUAUGCCUCCGAUCAACCAGGCCCUCAAAAAUGGGGACACAGAUUGUAGCAUGAACAGUUUACGAAGUCAAAAUCAGCCGAGCGACGUUCAAGUAUGGGACAUAUCCCAAUCACAAAUUGACGCUUCAAAUAAUAGAAAGAAACAGAAUAGCAUGCGGCAAGACACCUAUCAGAGAACUUUGGAGUACGUGGAGAAUUGCGAAAAUUGGAAGAGUUCAGAAAUGGUAUCCAGCAGCACCCAUCCCCUACAAGGUGGUGAUAAUAUGGUUGUUAAUGAUUUGCAGACGUCCUUAUCUUCAUUUUACGAAGAGAACCAAUAUCUCCAAAUGAUUCAGUAACUUUGUGUUGUGUUAAAAAGGUUGAUUGCAAAUGCCAAAUACGCUCAUAUUUGUACGUAAUCACCAUUUUAAUACGUUUUUAUACAACUGAAUAUUAAAAUUUAAUUUAUAUGAAUUUAAUCUAAAUUGUCAAAUAUGAAUGUAGUUAAAUUGUUGAAAAUUAUCUCUAGUACCAUUCAAUAAAAAUCAGUUUCCAUAUCAAAUCGCGAAGAAAUCGGCAUAUCUUAGACCUAAUAAUUGACGAUGUGUGUCAGGCACAGGAAGAAUUACUUGCCUAUUAAGAAAAAAUUAAAUGCCGAAAUCUGAGACAUCUAUUUUGGGGUUGUAGCACCGAUGGACUUAUAUUAUUAUUAAAAAUCGCUUUCCAUUUUAAGUCCUUGUCUUAAACGGUGCAUUUGACGUUGUUAAUAUUAUAUAGACUGAUUAAUUAUUUUUAGAAUAAGUACAUAAUGUAAAAGACACGCACAGGUUGUAUAUAAUGUAAAAUUUUAUGUCUUCCAUUUAAGUACAUAUAAUGUAGUUGUAUAUAGGCGCUGUAACGAAUUAUGUAAUGUAUUCCGAGAUAAAUUUAAAUAUUCAAAUUAAUUUCGUUGGAAGGAUUUUUGUAAAAUAACAUAAAACUUGCGAAAUAAAAAAAAUACUUUACGUAUUCCAAAUACUUUUAAUUGGUAUUUAUUUUAACAAUUACUCUCAAGUGCCUUAUUAUACACCUUUUUGUGAGAAACAUGGACUAUUUACAUAAAUAAAUUCACUUAAACUUUGUAUAAAUACUUCAGGGCAGUUGUUGUGUAUCACGAAUAAAGCUUAUCAAAUAUGUCAAAAGCUUGUCAUGAAAAGCCUCCGACUGUCCCUCUCUUGUUAUUAUUACUAUUUACCUACUAAUUGAAUAAAGAUUCAAUGGUUAUCUUUAUCAGACGAUCUAUCAGACUGUUAUAUGUGAUAGACCAUUAAUAUCUUGGAAUACAAUCCCAGUGCCUUUAUUAAUGAAGUGCCUUCGAGAUUAUGUACAAUAUUUGCAUUAUUAGUUUUGUAAGAGUAAUAUUAAAGAAUCUCCUAGGUUAGUUUUUAUGAGAUUACUAGAUUUAAAUGUAGGUGCUAGUGACGCACAAAUGUAGAAUUAUGGUGUAUUUUGUAAUAAAUUAUUGUUACUGUUUGUACAAACAUUUGACAUUAAACAAUAUUUUAAUAAAAUAAAGAUAUUUCGGUA